AUGCAGGGAGAUGAGUGCUACCCUGCAGUUUACAUUUCACAGAUGAAGCCUCAGUACCAGCCCAAGCCCCUGUCUUCCCCAUCUCUGCUACUCGUGUGGCUUGUGGGAAGAGAACUGGGACUCCGGGAUGGACUCCUCUGUGUUCAGAUGUUGACAUGUUCUCAUUGGGGUAGACUGAGUAAUCAGGAUGUAUUCCAAGAUGGAGAUGUAAUCAUCGGUGGUCUGUUUUCUCUUCAUUAUCAACCUCCAGCUACAGAACAUGAUUUCACUCAGCUGCCAAACUACAAGCCAUGCACUGGUCUAGAAUAUUUUGAACUGCAGUACAUAUAUGCUAUGGUGUUUGCACUGGAGGAAAUCAAUCAUAAUGCAAUGCUGCUACCAGGAGUAAAGCUGGGCUAUCGUAUUUUUGACAGCUGUGGGCACCCACCAUGGGCUCUCCAGUCAGCACUGUCACUAGUUGGUGGAGACGACACCAAGUGCAAUUUUACAAACACUCCCAUCUCUGCUGGGAACAUAGAGGAAAUCACUGACAGAAGGGGUGGUCAAACUGUCCCUGUGAUUAUUGGUGGUGCUUCAUCCAUAAGCCAGAUAGUCUCCAGAAUGCUGAAGCCACUCUCUAUCAGCUAUCUAGCCACCUGUCCUUGUCUGAGUGACAGGCUCGAGUAUGCAAAUUUCUUCAGAACCAUCCCCAGUGAUAUUUACCAAGCACGUACUGUUGCUCAGCUUGCUAUACGCUUCAACUGGACUUGGGUUGGGGCAGUUGUAGCAAACAAUAAUUAUGGCCACACUGCAAUAAAGGUAUUUCAGGAGGAGAUUCAGGGAGCAGGGGUGUGCCUGGCAUUUGUAGAGACUCUCCAAAGGGAAAAUAUUAUUAGUGAUGCCAGACGAGCAGCCCUCACAAUACAAGCCUCAACUGCAAGGGUGAUUUUGAUAUUCACCUGGUAUACAGAUGUGAGGGAACUGUUCCUGCAACUUGGCAAACUGAAUGUGACUGAUAGACAGUUUCUAGCCAGUGAGGCUUGGAGCACCAGUGGCGAUCUGCUCCAAAAUCCAGUAACAAGCAAAGUGGCAAAAGGUGUUCUUGGUGUUGCAAUCAGAAGUUCAACUAUACCUGGAUUUGAAAGCUACCUCAGAAGUUUACACCCAAUUUAUCGUCCAGAUGAUGAGUUCUUAAGAAAAUUCUGGGAAGCAGAGUUUGGAUGUACUCCUGGUGUUAUGUCUGUUCAGAGAGCUUCACUAUCACACUGCAAUGGGACAGAAUCUCUGAAAAAAGUGCAGAAUGUCUUUACUGACACCUCCCAGCUAAGGUUGACAUACAACGUCUACCUUGCUGUUUAUGCUGCAGCCCAUGCCCUUCACAGCCUUCUCUGCCCCAUUAAAGACAGCCCUUCUGAAAACAACAGCUUCACCUGCUCCUCUCCAAAACACAUCAAGCCCAGUGAGCUUUUGCAGCACUUGGAAAAAGUGAACUUCACCACACCACAAGGGGAAAUGUUUUACUUCCAAGGAGCUGAUAUUCCAGCAAAGUAUGAUCUUGUUAACUGGCAGAGCACAGCUGAUGGGACACUAAAACUUGUUUUGAUCGGUCAUGUGGAUGGGUUUGCUCUCCACCUUAAUGAAUCAGCUAUUCAGUGGAUCACGGGAUCCAAUCAGGUGCCCAUUUCAGUGUGCGGUGAGCUCUGCCCCCCAGGCACUAGAAAGGCCAUCAGGAAAGGAGAACCUCUCUGCUGUUUUGAUUGGUCGUCCAUCAGACUGGUCUUGUCGGUUCCAGCACGCAGCUUUUGGGAUCAGCUUUGUGCUUUCUGUUUCCUGUCUCAAAGUUAA